AUGUCGACCAACCCACCGCAGCUGUUUCUGCUCGCCGACCACAUCAAGCUCUCGCUGCUCGAGCGCCAACGCGCCAUCUCCCUCAAUCUCUCGCCCAACAGCCAGAAUGGCCAGAUAUCGCGGUCGCUGGAGCAGUUGCGCUCAGGCAUCGAGUCGCUCGAGUCGCAAGUCGCAGACACACCCGACGAAUCCAUAACCUCGCAGCUCCCGCGCCUUCACGCCCAGCUCACAGACCUAACCUCGCAAUUCACCCUCGCCUCCCCCCCAGCCAGCACCUCAUCGACGCUCAAAACGCCCAACAACCCCUCCCUGCGCUCCGACUUCACCGCCGCGCAAACCCUGCCCCGCCACGCCUCGAAAUCCGUCCGCUUCACAGACAACCCCUCCGCUUCCGACGCCGCCUUCGACGCCAACGACGACGAGAACCGCACAGCCCUCUUCCCCUACCGCGACGACCCCGAACCGCCCUCCCAGCACGACCUGUCAAACCAGCAGAUCCACGCCCACCACAGCGACGUCCUGCGCGACCAGGACACGCAGCUCGACGCGCUGAGUCUGAGUAUCGGGCGCCAGCGCGAACUGAGUCUGCAGAUUGGGGACGAGCUGGAUGGGCAGGUGCUGUUGCUGGACGAGGUCGAGGAGGGCGUUGAUCGGCACUCGGCGCAGUUUCGACGUGCGAGAGGCCGUCUGGAUCGGUUUAGCAGGAAGGCGCGGGAGAAUUGGAGUUUGACUGUUAUUGUCGUGUUGAUCAUCAUCUUGGUUUUGGCUAUUGUUAUUACAAAGUGA